AUGUAUAACUUCGAAAAUAUUUGUCGAAGUUGCUCAUGUACCGGUGAUUUAGAAUCUUUGUUUGACAAUAAACAAACGAUUGUUGCUGAAAUGUUUACCAAUAUUAUCGGUUUAAAAAUUAUGAAGGAUGAUAAUUAUCCUCAAAACAUUUGUGUUUACUGUUUGAGAAAACUAAAGGAUGCGUAUUAUUUUAAAAAACAAUGCCUUGAAAUGCAUACGAAAUUUCAAGAAUAUUUACAGAUAAACGAAAAUCAAACAAUUACUAUCAAGUCAGAAUCUCCAACUAAUCUAGAUAUAAAAGAACCUGAAAUUAUUAUAAAGGAAGCGAACACAUUUCUCGAUCAUGGAGAAAAUGAUGAUCUCGAUCAAGUGGAUAACAUUUCUAUAAAACAAGAAGAUUUAGACGAGAAUGUACAAGGUGAUCAAAAAAAUGUAGAAAUCAAAAAUGAAGUAAUUGAAUCGAAAAUAGAUAAACAGAAAUCUGAUGAUUCAAAAAAUGAUAAACAAAAAUCUGAAUGUUCAAUUUGUUUAAAAAAAGUAUUACAUUUAAAAGAACAUUUACGAAUGCAUGCAAGCGAAAAACCGUUUGAAUGUGAAGUUUGUAGUAUGAAAUUUUCUAUAAAAAGAAAUUGGUUACGACAUAUGAAAAUACACAGUGCAAAUAAAUUAUACUCUUGUAAUGUGUGUAAUCAAAAAUUUAAUGCAAAAAAUAGUUUAGCUGAUCACGUGAAGAGUCGUCAUUCAACAGAAAAACCAUUUGAAUGUGAAUUAUGUGACAAAAGGUAUAAAAGAAAAUCACAUCUUCAAGUACAUGUUGCAUGUACACAUGAAAAAUCAAUGGUUAGUUUGGAAAAAUUACAUUUAUGUAAUCACUGUGGAAAAACAUUUCAAAUAAAACGGUUCUUAAUACAACAUGAACGAACUCAUACCGGUGAUAAACCUUACAAAUGUGAAUUAUGUGAUAGAGCAUUUGCACAAGUGGCAACAUGUCGAAAACAUCAAAAAACCCAUACGGGUGAAAAACCACAUAAAUGCGAUUAUUGUGGUAAAUAUUUUGCGCAAAGUGGAACUUUAAAAGCUCAUUUAUUAAUUCAUACCGGGGAUAAACCAUACAAAUGUGAUAUUUGUGAUCAAAGAUUUAGACAUUCGUCGCAUGUAACACGGCAUAAACGAAUUCAUACGGGAGAAAAACCUUAUAAGUGUACGGUUUGUGGUAGUCAAUUUGCUGAAGCGGGUAAUUUAACUGUUCAUUUGAGGAAGCAUACUGGUGAGACUCCAUAUGUGUGUUCGAUCUGUAACAAAGGUUUUUAUAAUUCCAGCAGAAUGAAAAGACAUAAAAAAAAACAUUUAACUGAGAUAAACGAACAGUAUUAA